UUUUCCUUAAACAAAUGUCAUGACUCAGUUUCGCACGUCUCUUCGAAGUGAGUGAACUGACAUUUAUAAACAAAUCUGUAAUGCAAGUGAUUAAAAUUAAAAAUGAGAAGGAUUACUUCGUUGGUGCUAUUUUUGGUGCUGUGUGCCCAUGUGUGCGAAGCUAAGGACUUGGUUGUUGGAUCGAGAGUCAAUAACUUGCUAAUCUCCACGGAGAAAGUUGUGUAUAAUAAAAUACCGCUAAUAAGAAGAGAUAAAGACUACAGCUACUUUGAUCAAAAGGAGCGUGUUAUUAAGGGCAUCAUCGCCAGAGAUCUCUCUCGGACGGACGCGGAGGUGACGGUGACGGACGGCGGUGUGGGCGAAACGUACGUCAGACUGCAUCUUAAGAGCGAGAGAGGCAAAGGGCUCAACUAUCUUAUAUUGAUAUUUACUGAUAACAAAUAAAAGCUGACGUGAGAAAUAU